UGGAGGAUCCGCUUAAGAUUACCCACAACUUUCGACAGACGCAGGACAGUGCGCGCACCAACGCGAAUCGACCCAAAUCAGUGUUGUGUUCGCGUCGUGUCCGUGUUGUGGUGGCGCAUCUUCUUCUGCUUUGCUUUUUUGCCCUUCUUUCAUUGGUUGGUUGUGUUGUGUUGUGGGUGGUUGGUCAAAGAGCUUGGGUUGCGCGUGAGCGUGAUUCGUUGAUUGGGGGCUGAGUGGUAAGCUUUUUGCUCAUUCGGAUAGGCCACCAUCAGAGUAGUCCAGUCGUUCCUUUUCCCACCACCUCAGACCCAUCUCCCACGUCGCAGAAUUGGUUUCCCUCGCCUGCCACUUACUGCAUUGUCCUCGUCCUCAUCGCCCUCGUCCUUUGGAGUGCACUCGAACCCCCCCCCCUUCCACACCCGGCGAUGGACAACUUGGAGCGGUAUCAAAACCUUGUGCGCAUCGGCAGAGGCACAUAUGGCACCGUGUACAAGGCAGACGACAUUGGAGCCAAUCCGCCUUGCCCUGUCGCCAUCAAGAUUGUCACGGGUCUCGCCGAAUCAUUGCCAUGUUUCCUCGUCCGCGAGAUAUCCAUGCUGAAGAGCCUCCAGCACCCCAACAUCGUGCAGCUGCGCCAUCUCUUCCAUGCGAGCGGGUCGUUCUAUCUUGUGUUUGAGGCCAUGGCAAUGGAUCUGCACGAGUACAUCUCCCGCAAUCCCCGCGGCCUCAGUCGCGAUCUCGCACAGGUGGUGCACGAUUUCCUUUUCGUCCUCGGGUGCCCGACGGCCGAGGAGUGGCCGGCAUUGCCGUCACUGCCGCACUGCGAUCUCUUGGAGGGAAACAACCGCCCGCUCAGUCCCUUUUCGCACUCGUUUCAUCUCAACGCCGAAGACGCUCACCUCUUGAACGCGCUGGUACGGUACAAUCCGGACGAGCGGAUGACGGCGGAGGACGCAGUCAACCUGCCAAUGUUCGAUCUUGUCAGGGCUUAUGACGAGUAGCCGAUACACAUGCACACAUGCACACACAGUGUGCGUGGUCUGGG